AUGGAUCCAAACUUCGAAACAAGCUUUGAAUUCGACGACAAUGGUAACUUAUUCUUCCUUUCUGAUCCAAAUCCAACCACUGAUUCUUAUUUCUAUCUACCUCAUGUUCCUCCACCUGAUUUUCCUCCGAGUUUUUCCAAUUCGGAGGAGCCACUCGUUUCAACCACCACUGAUUCUUCUUCCAUUGAAGACACUGAUUUUUCAGAAACUGUAAAAUACAUAAGCCAGAUUCUCAUGGAAGAGGAUUUUGAACAAAAACCCUGCAUGUGUUAUGACUCACUUAGUCUCCAACACACUGAGAAAAUUUUCUUCGAUGCUUUGGAUUCAAAUUUGCCUCUUUCACCUAAUCAACACCCUCUUGAUAUCAUUGAAGUUCCUGAUAGGAAUUGUUCGGCUACUGAUUCUGGUAACAGUUCUAGUUCUAAUGAGUUGAAGCCUCUUUCUCCUGAUACACCGGUUUCAGGUGAUUCUGGUUUUAAUUCCGUUUCUUAUGUGAAUUCUCAAUUUGUUGGUUUGAAUAGUGAUGGUAGUAAUAAUAUUAGUGAUGGUGUUUUGGAUUUGGAUUCUUCUGAGACUAAGCUUUUGGCUCUGAAUAUUUUUAGUGAUGCUGAUUCUAUGUUGCAGUUUAGAAAAGGGUUGGAGGAAGCUAGUAAGUUUCUUCCUCAAAAGCCUCAGCUUUUUACUGGUUUUGAGACUUCUAAGACUAGUUUUGUGUCUCAAGAGGCUAAGGGGAGAGUGGGAGGUAUAAAGAUGGAGGAUAGUGUUAGGGAGAAUUCGAAUUUGAGGAAUUCGAGUUCGUAUGUUUUGUUGAAGAGUAGGAAGAAUCACGAGCGUCAAGGUAGUGAAGAUGAAGAAGGGAGAAGUAACAAACAAUCUGCGGUUCAUGUUGAGGAAAGUGAAAUAUCUGAGAUGUUUGAUAGGGUUUUGCUUAGUGUUGAAAACGUGCCGCUGUGUGCUGAACAAAAGGAUGGAUCGGAGAUGGAGAGUAGCGCACAGGUUGGUGAGCUUGAUGGAGGGAAGGCGCAUUCGAAGAAACAGGGGAGGAAGAGGGAAGCUGUGGAUUUGAGGACCCUUUUGGUUCUUUGUGCACAAGCUGUGUCUGGUAAUGAUAACCGGACGGCUAAUGAAUUGUUUAAGCAGAUUAGGCAGCAUUCUUCUCCUUUGGGUGAUGCUUCUCAGAGGUUGGCUCAUUACUUUACGAAUGCAAUUGAAGCACGCAUGGUUGGUGCCGGUACUGGUACACAGAUAUUAUAUAUGAGCCAGAAGAUGUUUAGUGCUGCUGAUUACUUGAAAGCAUACCAAGUUUUUAUAUCUGUUUUACCUUUUAAAAAAUUUGCGCAUUUCUUUGCAAAUAAAAUGAUACUGAAAACAGCUGAAAAGGCAGAAACACUUCACAUUAUUGAUUUUGGUAUCUUAUACGGUUUCCAGUGGCCAAUUCUUAUCAAGUUUCUGUCAGAAAGAGAUGGUGGACCUCCCAAGCUUCGCAUCACCGGAAUAGAGUAUCCCCAAGCUGGCUUUCGACCGGCUGAAAGAAUCGAGGAAACUGGCCGGCGUUUAGCUAACUAUUGUAAGCGUUUCAAUGUUUCCUUUGAAUACAAGGCCGUACCAUCGCGAAACUGGGAAACCAUUCAAGUUCAAGACCUUAAUAUUAAGAGCAAUGAGGUAGUUGCUGUGAACUGUCUGAUAAGGUUUAAGAAUUUACAUGAUGAGACAAUUGAAGUGAACAGUCCUAAAGACGCGGUUCUGAAGUUAAUCAGGAAGAUAAACCCGAGUAUAUUUGUUCAAUCUAUAGUAAAUGGAUCUUACAAUGCUCCUUUCUUUGCCACGCGCUUCAAGGAGUCGCUUUUCCAUUAUUCUGCAAUGUAUGAUGUGUUUGACACUCUCAUACCCCGUAAAAAUGAAUGGAGGCUGACGAUUGAGAGAGAGCUUUUGGGUCGGGAGAUUAUGAAUGUUGUAGCAUGUGAAGGUUUUGAGAGGGUUGAGAGGCCGGAGUCAUACAAACAGUGGCAGGUUAGGAAUCUACGGGCCGGUUUUAGGCAGCUCCCACUUGAUAAGGAGAUAAUGGUCAAAUUUAGAGGUAAGCUAAGAGAAUGGUACCACAAAGAUUUUGUCUUCGAUGAAGAUAACAACUGGAUGCUUCAAGGUUGGAAAGGCCGCAUUUUAUAUGCAUCGACCUGUUGGGUGCCUGCAUAA